GUACAGGCAACAAAAAACAAAGAAAGAACAAUCGUGACUGUGCGGUCCAGUCAGCUCACAGGCGUCCGAGCUUUGCUUUUGCUUCCAGUCCACCUGCAGCCAGCCCGCCGCCAGCCAGCCAGCCUUUCUCUCUGUCCCCCACCCAGCGCCUGGGUAAACCCGACUUUGUUUACCUCCUGUGUGAAAUACCCUGUGUUGUUCUUGUUGUCUGCCUGCUGUUUCUGUCUCUGUCUCUGCAUCGCAUUGCCGUCCGCACGAUAUCAAAGAAUCCACUCCGCUGGCGUGCCGGGCUGCUUUCACUCCCAAUGCCGGACAAUGAUCCACACCCGCGAGCACAGACUUCAUCCUGCGAUCCAAUGUCUGCCUCUGCCUCUGCCUCGGUGUACUUCACCUCCCCUCUUUCCGCCUCAUUGGCCGACGCUUCCUCCGUCGUCGUUACCGCAACCUGCUCGUCCGAGCACUGGACAGACUCGUUACCUGUCCUCUGUCCGGCUGACAGCCACAGCAGCCAGUUUAUGUGGAUCCCUACGCUCUGCUGCUGUUCCCGCCACUCUCGUUCUCCCCCCUCCUCCUCCUCCUCCUCUCAACAUUUACCCUCCGAACUCCACCUCUCCAAAGAACUGGCUGCACUAUGGCGCCCUCCCUCUCACACAUCCCACUUUCUCACCCCUACUUCCCGACACAUCAUCCGCUUCAACAACCGCACCUCCUCGGCCUUCCACUACGCGCCUGUAUUCCACGGCCCGCUCACAGAUAUCGAGUACCCAGCCUUGCUGUUCACCGCGUUCGUCGUCGACCUCGAGCGCGAAGUCAGUCUGAGUGCGGAUGAGGUGCUGCGGUUGCCGAGGGGGGAGGUGCCGAGGAUGGUGUGGAGGAGGUGUAGGAUGCGGGCGUCGGAUUCGAUUCAGGUCGGUUUUUGCUUUUGUGUUUGUUGUAGAGGUGCUAAUUUUUUUUGAAGAAGAGGAUACCAUUUGAUUAUUCUGAACCCGUCUCUGCAUCCGACAAUGACAACAACGACGACGACGACCCUCUAUCCUGCAACUUCUCCGUUCAGACAGAACACGAUAAAGACACCGACACAGACAAAACCUCACCUAUUCCCCAUCCCCCUGCCUCUCUUCCUCUUCCUGAUUUCAAUUUCAUAUACCCCGUGCUGAACUGCGAUACCCUUCCUCCAUCCCUCAUGCGGUCUAUUCAAACCCAGCAAGAGCAGCAGCAGCAGCAGAAGCAGCAGAAGCACGGACAUCUUACUCUUGCCUUCAGAGAGAUGCUGGAGAGAUUCAAGAGUGCCCUGG